UCGAGCUUUGGUUUCGACUGAGAUUCCGGGCGGGAGCGGAUGUAUGUGCUGAGGAUAAUUAACAGGAAAGACAGAGCUAAAAAAUGAGUUCAGCAAAGAGAAGAGGAAGACCCAAAAGUAGAGGAAAAGGAGGAGGUAGUGGAAGCAAACAUCAAGGCAGUGGCAGCAAACAUCAAAGCAGUGGCAGCAAAAAAGGAUUGGACGAAAUGUGGGAUGAUGAUUUCUGCGUUUUUGAUGAAACAGAAGAUGCAUACAGUUCUGUUAAUAGAGGAAAUGGACAGACCAAACAUGCAUCCAAGAUCAAAACACCUCUGCAUACUCUUCAUAUGACUUCAGAAAAUCAGAAGAGAGUAAAAGAACUUCUUUGUGAGCUCCAGGGGCAGGAAUUGGUUUCUGGUUCGAAGACAGUAAUGUCAGGCAUAGCUGAUUGCAGUGAGUCAGAUGAUGAGCAGUCCUGGUCAGAUGACAAUGCAUUCACUAAAACCAAUUCAAGAGCUGCUUCUCAAGCAACAGUGAACCAUGUGCUAGAAACGGAAGUAUCAUCUUUUGCUGUGCAUAAGCUUUCCAGGUAUGGCUUUGAUUCUGAGCAUUGCCAAGCAGUACUGAAAUCUUACAAUGGUAACAUUGGAGCAUCUUUGGAACAUUUACUUUUGCAGUGCUUCACAGAAAAGUUUGGAAAGAGAAUGCAGCUCACAGAAGCUUCUGUUCAAGCAAAUAUUAAAGAUUGUUUUGAACAAAGGCAAGAAGAAGCUUUAGCCCUCCAUUCAAUUUGUGGAGAUAAAUUUGUUGAACGAAUUCAAAAUCGAGUUUGGACUAUUACAUUAGAAUUGACCUAUCUAACAAAUAUUCUCAGCAAAACAAAACAAGGAAAUAGUAUCACCAGUAACAUAGUUAAUACGAAUUCCCAGGGUAUCUGUAAAUAUUACCUUCGCGGAGAUUGCAAAUUUGGAUCAAGAUGCAGAUUCAAGCAUGAAACUUCACACAAUGAGAAAUCACUUCCCCCCAUUCGAGAUGAUGCUCAUCUUAAACUUAAUGCUCCUGUGUAUGAACUUGAAGUAAGAUUUCCAGAAGAUAAUAAAUACCCAUAUCAACCACCUCUUGUGGCCUUCUAUUCUACUAACGAGAACCUGCCCUUAUCUUGUCGAUUGCACUUAGCAGAAUUCCUUUAUGAAAAGGCCUUAAUUUCAGCUGAGUCUAAUAAACCUGUAGUAUAUGAUUUUGUAACAUGCUUAAGGGAUGAAGCUCAGGUCCUGAAAUUGCUUAAUAAGACAUUCCACAAAUACAGUGUUCCUCCACUGCCUCCAAAACAAAAGUUUCCAAGUAGCUGUAAUAAUCCAUAUCAGACUUCUGUAGCAUCAACAGAAGUAGAAGCUGAGGAGGAUGAGAAUGACCAAAGAGGCCUACAAACAGUUAAUAUAGAGAAAGAAAGCUAUGUGAAUCUCAAAAAGAAACUUUUAUUGAAAAGCAGCACUCCAUCAGAGCCCAUUACCAAAGAAAAUCUUAAAAUUUGCAAACAAUUCAGCAUAAAAAAGUCUUCUAGGCGUUACCAGACCAUGUUACAAGAACGACAAAAACUUCCAGCAUGGGAAGAGAAAAACAACAUUCUCAGCUUGCUGAGCAAGUAUCAAGUCCUAGUUAUAAGUGGUAUGACUGGAUGUGGAAAGACCACUCAGGUACCUCAGUUUAUCUUGGAUUCCUCUCUGGAAGGCCCUUCUAAUAAAGUAGCCAACAUCAUUUGUACCCAGCCUCGUAGGAUUGCUGCCAUUUCCGUUGCUGAACGUGUGGCCAAGGAACGAACAGAAAGAGUUGGAAUUACUGUUGGAUACCAAAUCCGGCUAGAAAGUGUCAUGUCUUCAUCAACACGGCUAUUGUACUGUACUACUGGAGUGCUUCUGAGAAGACUAGAAGGGGAUAAAAAAUUACAAGGAAUAACUCACAUUAUUAUUGAUGAAAUACAUGAGAGAACAGAAGAAAGUGACUUCUUGUUAUUGAUUAUGAAGGACUUAAUGUUACAAAGACCAGAGCUACGUGUUGUACUAAUGAGUGCUACUCUGAAUUCAAACAUCUUUUCACAGUAUUUUAAUUCCUGCCCUAUUGUCAAUAUACCAGGAAGCACAUUCCCUGUAGACCAGUUUUUUCUAGAAGAUGCAAUUGCAAUGACUGGGUAUGUUUUGGAGCAUAGCAGUCCAUAUAUGCGCAGAGUAAAACCAACUGCACACAAGACAGGAAGGCACACACGGACUGCUGCAGAAGAAGUAGAAGAGACUCUAAAGUAUACUGGUUUGGUGAAAAUUACAGUCCAGGAUUCUGCCCCAGAUCAAACACUGACUUUCCAACAACUGCUGAUACGUUACAAAGGUGUUAGCAAAUCAGUAUUAAAAACCAUGGCAAACAUGGAUUUAGACAAAGUAAAUCUUGAAUUAAUUGAGGCCUUACUGGAAUGGAUUGUCAGCGGCAAACAUUUAUAUCCACCAGGUGCAGUACUGAUAUUUUUGCCAGGCUUAGCAGAAAUCCAAGCAUUAUAUAAUCGGUUGCAGUCUAAUGCCAUGUUCAACAACCGGCACAGCAAACGCUGUGUUGUGUAUCGUCUCCAUUCAACUCUUUCCAGUGAAGAUCAGCAGUCCGUAUUCUCCCAGCCUCCUCUUGGUAUCACCAAGAUCAUCAUAUCUACAAACAUUGCGGAAACUUCCAUAACCAUCAAUGAUGUGGUCUAUGUGAUUGACUCAGGAAAAAUGAAAGAAAAAAGAUAUGAUCCAAGCAAGGGCAUGGAAAGCCUGGAGGAUUCAUACGUGUCCAAAGCCAAUGCCUUGCAAAGAAAAGGACGAGCAGGUCGUGUAGCUUCUGGGGUUUGCUUUCAUCUUUUCAGUAGUCAUCAUUAUAAUCAUCACCUUUUAAAGCACCAGUUGCCCGAGAUACAACGAGUGCCUCUGGAACAGCUUUGCCUCAGAAUAAAGAUUUUGGAAAUGUUUUCCACACAUAAACUUCAUUCAGUGUUAUCACAACUUAUUGAGCCACCAACAGCUGAAUCUAUAAAUGCAUCAAAGAAGCGGUUGCAGGAUGUAGGAGCCUUAACAUCAGAAGAAAAGCUUACUCCCUUGGGGCAUCAUUUGGCCUCUUUGCCUGUUGAUGUGAGAAUUGGGAAAUUAAUGCUUCUUGGCACCAUCUUUCGCUGUCUGGAUCCUGCACUAACAAUAGCAGCGAGCAGAGCUCACAAGUCACCUUUUAUUUCUCCUUGGGACAAAAGAGAGGUGGCAUACAAGAAAAAGCUUGAGUUUUCCAUAGGAAACAGUGAUUAUCUGGCUCUCAUCCAAGCAUAUAAGGGGUGGCGCCAGUCUUCAAAAGAGGGCUUUCAAGCAAGUUCCGCAUUUUGCAGACAAAACUUUUUAUCAGAAAAUGUUCUUCAGGAAAUGGCACGUUUAAAAAGGCAGUUUACUGAACUAUUGUCUGAUAUUGGAUUUGUGAAAGAAGGACUCCGAGCCAGAGACAUAGAACAGAGAUUUUCUCAAAGGGGGGAUGGUGUUCUUGAAGCUACAGGAGAAGAGGCAAAUGCAAAUGCAGAGAAUGUCAAGUUGAUAUCAGCCAUAUUAUGUGCCGCUAUGUAUCCAAAUGUGGUUCAGAUAAAAGUACCAGAAAAGAAGUGUCUGAAGAUUAUUAAAGGAGCUGCUAAAAUUAAUCCAAAACCUGAAACACUGAUGUUUGCUACAAAAAGCCAGGGUUACGUUCACAUUCAUCCAUCCUCUGUAAAUUAUCAGGUAAAGCAGUUUGAUAGCCCCUACUUGGUAUACCAUGAAAUGGUAAAAACCAGCCGGAUUUUUAUUCGAGACUGCAGCAUGGUGUCAGUAUAUCCACUGAUCUUGUUUGGGGGAGGCCGUGUGAACAUGCAGCUCCAGAAUGGGGCAUAUGUUGUUUCCUUGGAUGAUGGGUGGAUUAACUUUGUUGCAGCUUCACGUCAGGUUGCUGAACUAGUGAAAGAACUUCGCAAUGAACUUGACCAGUUACUCCAGGAAAAAAUUAAAAACCCCAGCAUGGAUCUGUGCACUUGCCCUCGAGGAUCUCGGAUUAUCAACUUGAUUGUAAAACUUGUGACCACACAAUAGCAUUAGCUACUGAGGAUGGCUGUCUUCUAAUUUUAAUGACAGAAUAAUAAAAUGUAGCACUGGCUCUUGUAUAGUUAUUUGGAAGCCUAAAUAUCCAAUUUAAAAGCCUUUUUAAGUACUGUAGCUCAAAAUAAACAAGUUUAUAAUUACAAUAGAAACGGAUACAGGUUUACAUAAGGAGCUUGAAUAUUUAAAAUAAAACUUAAGGUUUUUUUCCCCUUUUGAAUAAGAGGUAAGCAUUCAGAAAAUAAUUCAUGAACAGAUCACACAUACAUUUGAUGUUUAAUGAUUCACCAUCCCCUUUUUGUGUCCAAUAGUCUAUGAUAAUCUGGCAGGAUGUUAAUUUGUCCUUCCCCUUCCAAAAAGGCAGUGCAUGAAACAUACCAUAAUCAUGGUUUCUACAUUGCUCUGCAUCCAAAAAUGAUUCCUGUCCAAUUUCAGUAAAUGUACAUCUCUUUUCAUUUAGUCAAAUAAUCAGUGUUGGCUGCUAGAAUUCAAAUAUAGCAAUACAAAUUAUGGAAUAAUUUUAGCAUAAAAUUGCCCUAAGCUGUAUUACUCAUUAUUCUCAAAUAAUAAAGUUUUGGAGCCUGAUGUAGGCUAUAUACUUUAUAUAAAUAUUGUAAUAAAUAAAGGCAUUCUCAAAACUAAUAGCUGUCAUUCCUUUUAAGAAAACUAUAGUCUGUUUGAAAUUGCUCAAAGCAUUGUGGUUUGAUUUGUGAAUAUGGUAAGAGGGAGGGAAGUUUUGCAAAAAUGAUGAUGAAAGUAUACAUUUUAUAUUGGGAAACAGCUACCUCCUGAUUUUUUUGAGCUUGAUUCUAUCCAGGACAGAAAAGUGAUUGACAAAUUUAAGCAUAAGAAAACUUAAUUUAUAAUCAACUGAUUGACUUGCGAAUUUCAUCUGGCACCUUAUUAACAAAGCCCAAAGUUUUUGCAGACUUCUAUCAGAAUAAGAAAAAUCUUAUGAAUUUCAGUCAAACAACAUUUUGGAAAUACGUCAAUAAAGUUCCUUAUGAAUUUCUCAGAGUUUAAAAAUAAAUAUUUAGGACGCCUAUUAAUACUGAAUUUAUAUUUUUACAGUAUUUCACCUCAACUACUUAUUAUUGUCAUGGUUCCAAGUUAUGCUACCGAUUAGUUCAAGACUCAGAGGCUCUUGCUUUUUCAAAUAUCUUGUUUAUUGGGUACAUCAUAUGGGCACGUUCAAAGUCAAGCCAACUCUGAAUGGUUCCUAUGCUUUGGCAUUAUUAAAAGAUAGAUACUGGCCACCCCCUUGUGUCCCAGAUCGUGUUAGCCAACCAAGCAGGUGAUGAGCCUCUUAGUACUCCCCUCCUGCCUGGAUACGCUGGGUCAGCUUCAGUUCUUAGGCGCUUCAUCAGUGUUAUGUCUGGCACUCUGAAAGGAAACAUUCUACAUUCCACAAAGCUCCCUCCCCACUAAGCAUGGCAACUGAGAAACAAAACAAGAAACUUUUAUGGCUUCAGUUAGUGUCAUUUCAAUAGGUGACAAUUAUUUGAAAAUGUGACCAGUAAGUUUCAUGAAUGAUCAAGGACUUUGUAGAUAGUGAGCAUUGGGUCUUCACAUAUACAAUCAUUCCCAAAUGCCACAUUUGGAAAGACAAUUGUCUACUCAGCCUUUUUCAACAUGAUGCCCUGCAGCCAUGCUGAACUACAAAUCCCAACAGAUGUGACCAAAACAUGUUUUAGAUUUCUAUCAAUGGUCUGACCAUUCAAAGGAACAUACAUGUGCACAUAAGUGGUUUUGUGGUAGUAGAUAAUAAAGUCAAGGAAAAUAUUAACUAUAUUGCAUCUGAAAAAGUCUUACAUAGAAAAAUGCCCAUUUUCAAUAUUUUAAAAGGACUUGGGUAUGUACAGAAAAUGGACUUCUAAAAUUUACUAUAUGGUACUUUCAAUUGGGAAACAGGCUGCAUAUUCAUAGGAGGAACUGUCCAAAAUAUUGCUUAUACUACUGUCCCAUGUUCUUCAGAAAUGUUAAUAUUUUGGUUUCAAAUUAAGAGACUGGAAAGAAUAAGAAUGACUUAUUUUUAACUUUAUUUUAUAUAAACAAAUCAACUUUGCAGGAAUUUGGUGAGAAAAAAAGUUAUUUUUAUAUAAAAUAUAAUUAUCACAACUACAAUUGCUAUUUGUAUACAAUACAAAACAA